AGAAGAACCAAUCAAUUCAGAUGGUCAUAAAACGCGUGUCCGAAUAAGGGAGACUCAAAAUCAAAUGCAGACCGUCACGUCAACUUGAUUUUUUCUAUUUGUUUCUGAAGAACACAUACAACACUAGCUAUGUCAAACCAUACCAUUCUUUUGUUACAAGCAAAUCAGGGUCAAAGUUCAAGAACAUAUUAUGACUUUCCUACAGAGAGUGAAGCUAUGGAUCAUAUUGCUGGAUUAUAUGAAUUACGCCUUGCUAAAGAAAACCCAAAUGCUGGUCAAGUACAAUACAGGGCUGAAGAUCUCUUUCGAUUUAUUGAUACAUAUAAAGAAUUUGUUGGAUUAGUAUUUGAUCCAAAAACCAACUUUUAUCAACCACGCGAUAAAGAAUGGAUCAAAGACCGUCUAAUUGCUCAUUUCAGUCAGCCACAGCCAGAUCAAUCACCAGCACCCCAACGUUCUCAUGGACGUCGUAGAAAUCGCUAAAAUGCAAUAAACAUUCAUUAAACUCCACGUUUCUUGAAACGCGUGAUAAUAUUUGUGUAUGUAUGUGUGUGUAAUAUAAAACUAAACUCAGCAACCAGUCUUAAUUGACCCGCUUUAUACGUUUUUUCCCUUCUCCC